AGUUUUCACUUUCUGUCUUCUGAGCCCCCUCCCUUUCUCCUUGUUCACGAGGUUUCACUUCCGGUUGCUGGUACCCGGGGGCUGGAGCGCGGACAGCUUCCCAGCGCCUGCCUUGUCCCCGAAGCUGCUUCCCGCCCGUCAGGCUGAGUGAGGGACCGGAGCGUGCGCGCGCGGCCGGGACACCUGGGUUCGGGAGAGGCGGCAGGGCGAGGGGCCAGGAGGAGAAAGGGACGAGCUGGAAAAGCAUGGGAAGGACACUGAGCCGUGAGCUCCACUCCUCAGAGAAGGCUGUCGCGCCGGGGACAGGGAAAACUCAGGUUUGUGUCUGAGAAUUAUACAGGUAACUAACUAUCCUUGGCCAUCUUAUGGCUAUGACUGCUACGUGGAUGCAGAUACCUACAAAGUUUCUUACAAAAGAAGUCAUUUUUGUGCCUUCAAACUAAGUCACUCAUUACCUCUUUGAACGUUCAGGUGACACUGUUAUUAAAUGACCCAGACAGACCUGUCCUUAUAUAAUUGUAGCUUCUCAGCACAAGGAACCUAAAAGAUGGCAGCACCCACUUAUAAAAGCAUACUUGAGCUUAAUACAAAUGCUCUCGUCUCUCCAUGGAAAGGGCAGUUAAUUAUUCAGGGUUGUUUGCUGUGUGAUAUAACUCUUCGGUCUACUUAUGGCACAGUGGUUCCAGUACAACUGCCCUGGGAAUUAGAUUUUAAGUAUGUUAUGAAAGUGUCUUCUCUGAAAGAAAGCCUACCAGAAGCUGCCUUUAGAAGACAGAAUUACUUGGAGCAGAAAGUCUGUUGUCAAGAUUUAUGCUUUGAUUUAUAUGAAGUUGAAUUGACAAACAAACAAGGAGAAAACAUAGAUAAGCUAAUGGAAUAUGUUAAAAAUAAGGAAUUGGCACUCAUCAAAUGCUUGGAAAAUAGGAGUUUUUUCAUUUUACUUACAUCAUCAGCCUUAACUCCAGAACCAGAUUUUGGAGAUGAGCAGAUGGGUCUACAUGGUUUACAUUUAUUUCAUGCACCUCAAUCAGCAGGAACAAAGGACUUGAAAAUUGAAGAUGGCAUCUCUUUGAAAGUGAUACCUAUUUUACCUGCCCUUAGUUAUGCACUUCUAGAAGCAAAGAAAUCACUUUCUGAAGAAGGAAUUCCUCCAAACAUCUUAGUAAAGCAUAGUUUCCAAGAGCUGUACAAGGUGGACAAAAGCCUUUCUUUGAUGGCUCCUCCUCAAGAUGGAGUGAAAGAUACUGCAUCUACUGGGAAACUGCCCCAUGGUUUUGACUUGCCUCCCCCGCUUGAAACAUGCCCUUCAGAGUCCUUGACUCAUCUGAAGUGUUAUUUUUCAGACCCUACUGGUUAUACUCUCGAUCUCUCUGCUGCUUUGGACUUGUUGGCAGAACAUCCUCAGUUGCCUAGCAUUUCAGAUGGGAUUUGUGAUGCUGGAUUUUCUUUAGUUAUGACACCAGAUCCCGAAUUUCUUGACUCAGAGAUGGGAAUAAGAAAAGAAACUGAAACAGCAGAAAAGUCUGGGAGAACAUUGAAAGUGAAGAAAAAAGCUGUGAUUCCAUCUUCCAGUCAGAGAGUUCAGCCAAAGAGGAAGGCUAGCACAUCAGCUGUUACACUGCCAAGAAAGCGGGUGAGCCUGGGCCGCCCCACUUCUAAAAGAACUGCACCCAGAACAGACAACAGGUCAUGCAACCCAACUCUAAAGCUAGUUAAAGGGCAGUUUCCUCAGAGGAGAAAAAGAGGUGCAGAAGUGCUGACUGCACAAAUUGUACAGAAAACCAGAAUAGAGAGAAAAAAACAAGAAGCUUCUGUAUCUAAAGAUGUUUCAGUGCCUACAAAUGCUAAAAGGGCAAAGAAGCAAGAAAAGUCUCCAGGUAGAGUUGCGUCACGGCCUAAGCCACCUGUGAAAAAAUCUCCACAAAAACGGAAGGUAAAUGUAGCAAGAGGCCGUCGGAAUACCAAAGUCAGAAAGCAGCUCCAACCUGCCGAAAAAGAAAUUGCUUUACAUCUUCAAUCAGAAAUUUCAUCAGAUGGUCAAAAAGAUGAACUUAACCCAAAUACAUCUCAACAAGAAAGUGUUGCAAAGAUUCCUAAAGGUCCUCCUGAACACUCAAUUAUCAGCUGUGACUCCCAGGCCCUAAAUAUGUUAGCUGAUCUGGCAUUAAGCUCUGCUGCUGCUUCUAUACCAUCUUGUAAGCUCAGGAACCUUCCCUGCUUCUCUGAAUUGCCACAAAACAAUGUUUUACUCACUAAAGAAAAUUCCUUGCAUGGUGCCUCUGACCAUGAAUAUCAUAAGGGAGUUAAAAGUCAAAAAGCUGUACUACUACCUAAACCAUACUCUAAUGAGAUUAGUUCACAGUCAGACUUGACUCAUAGCCAAGAAGAAAACUCGGUACCUUGUGCUCAGCCCCUUGCUGUUGCCCAGCCAGCAUCCCAUGAGGAAGCUCGAGAAUUCUCAGAUGCAAGUCAAAACUCUGUUGUUGUGGAACAUUCCUAUGCCUUGCUCCUUGCUGAGCAGUCAAAGAAACAUCUGCAUCAGAGAAAGCUACCAAGCCCUGCUUUUGUAAAGAAUGGGACAAAAGGCCCUGAAGCUGGAACACCUAUAGGAAAGGUCAUGCCAUUUCGGCACCUACAGAACACCUCCCCUCUACAAAAGCAUUCUGAAGAUUCAUUGACUAAGCGCAAAAGUCUGUUUGUAUCUUCGAGCCUUAAAGAGUUUUUUUGCUCUCAUACUGUUCUUAGUUGUGAUGGCUCCUUUAAGAUUACUUUCAAAUGUGAAGGAGAGUAUAUAUUCAGCUUAGAUAGCAAAUACACCAGCAACCCAUUGGAGAAAACUGUUGUGAGAGCAUUGCAUGGACCCUGGAAUAAUGAUUUACCUGAAAAUAUGGAAGAUGUGAAGCUUUUACUUCAUAUAUGGGUAGCUCUGUUCUACAGCAAAAAGAACAAAGCCAUCGGGUCACCUCGAAAGGUAGUAGAACACAAAAACCCAGCAAAAUACGUAUGCAUAAAUAGGUCUUUAGAAUCUUUGGAUCACAGUGAAAUUGAGGAGUUUUCCAAUAUGGAAAGACCCUCUGUUGGAGGGUCUAUAGACCCUCUGUUGGAGACUAAGGAAACAAACAUUGGUCAUGCCACCAAUAUGACCUUUCCUGGACCUAACUGCGUGCUUCCUUUCAUUAAUCCACCAACUACCAGAGACUUGGAACUCUGUGUACAGAAUGACCAGAAAGAAGUAUUUACAGAGGAGUGUCACCUGGAUACUUCAGGAAACCAGAAUUUCAUCUAUUCUUGUAAUACUGAGGUAACUGGAUGUAAAGUCAAACAAGAAUUAUCAGAUAAAAUAGAGACUUCUAAUGUUGUGCUUUCUGGUGUUAUAAGUGCCCAAAGUAAUGGAACUUGUAUUCCCAGUGAAGAUAAAACCUGUCAGAGCACAAAGAUGGUUUCUUAUAAUGACUCUGUCACACAAGCCACCUUGACCACAGCUUACGAUGGGGCCAGCAGUGAGUCAAUGUGUCAGAAGUCUGUGUUUGACAACCUUGAGAACAAAGUUGAUACUUGUCACCCAUCACUGCUGAUAAAAACAGGUGCUGUACAGGAUGUUAUCCAACAUAGCAGCCUCAUAAAUAACAAAUGUCAGCCUUCCAUGGAAAGGAGGGAUGAUAAUGUGGAAUGUAUGAUGGUUAAUCUUGAGCCAGUUACUCUUGCUUUUGAAAAAAAUGCCAAUGUACCAAUACGUACAGAAGUAAAUACAACUGACAAACCUACAGACUUUAAUACCGAGUUGGUUAAACAAGUAUCCCCUGCCUUGAGUAUUCAGUGUCCUGUGUCUGCAUUAGAAAAGGUACAAACACAAAGUCCUAGAGAUGUUCCUUCUCUUGCUAUGUCAGAGUAUAAAGAUAGUAAGUGCCUUUCAGCCUCUUCAAUUAAAAAGGAAACACCUCCUGAGAGCCUGUAUCUAUUACAGAAAGAGAUUUCUCCUCUGACAUCAUCAGCUGAUAAAGGAUUAAUAAUGGAGGCAUUCUCAUUAGUUAAAAGUUCUAGUUAUUUGUUAGCCAGUGAUAAAACAAAGUACCCACUAGAUGCCUCUUUAAAGUCUCAGAAUGGCUUGAGCAUGUCUUUAGAUGAGGUUCUAGAACCAUCACAAGUUAAAGUAGUCUCAUCAACCUCUGUCGCCUUGAGGGAACAACAGUCCCCUAAUUGUAUUCCAGAGAUGAGUGAUGUAGCAGGUGGCUCUUCAGAAAUAAUCAAUAGUGACAACAGUAGUCUAAACCAAGAAAAGAUUUUGCAAACAUUUAGUUCAGUAUUUCCCAAACAAACUGACCUCUCACUGAAUAGGGAAGAAGUUAGCAUGGAGUUGUCAGGGGAAGAUGCUGAUAUUGAUCUAACUCUAACAAUAUUACCACCUACAAGCCUCAGUGAGGAGAGAGCAGCUGGUGAAAUUGAACAAUUGCAGGGGGCCCCAGUAGCAAAUGAAAGACAACAGAGUAGAUCUGAAGAAAUGGUUGAACCAGAACAGGAGAAACUCAUAAAAAAAGAAACAAAUACAGCUAGCUGUAUGUCAGUGUAUCCUGUGGAAUCUAGAGAACUAUUAAAAAAUUGUUCCCCCGAGGUUGCAGAGAAAGUUAAUGUCACCUCGGACUUUUCGUUUGGACCGCUAAUAGAAGUGUCACCAGCCACAAGUCCUGAUCCCAUAGUACAGACUGGAGACAGACAAUCAUCUCCAUGUUGUUUAAAACUCUGUGGCUUACAGUCUGAGAAAACUAACAAGUUCUCCAAGAUUAAGUCAGGAGAUGUACCAGAAAAAGAAAGUCUUGUUGGUCCUAACAGUCCAAAAGGACAAGAUAAGUUAGCUCAAGUACAAGUGCAGCUCUCAGCUGAUACAGAAGUAGAAGGCAGAGUUACGGUGCCUGGUAAAGUAACUGAGGUCAGUGUCCCCAGUGAGCAUAAUGAGAAUUUAUCUUUCUUAGAAAAGGUACAGUGCUAUGAUACAGAGUUAAAUAAGCCUAUCUCACCUGCCAGUUUUAAGCCUCUUGAGAAACCUGUAAAAUCAGGAAAUUUAUUGGAGGCAGAUUGUAUGGAGAACAGAAACAUGGACAUAAAACACCUUGCCUUGGAGUCCAGUGUACCCUCAGGUUGUCCUAGAAAAGCUGUUGAAAAUAAAUCUUUGACUGAAACCAUUGAGAAAAAUGUCUGUGACAGUGAUGUGAAAACAGAAGCUGAUAGUAAUAUGCAGGCUGGGGCAGUAGACUCUGCCUCCAUUGACAAUACUGGUGUUCAGACAUACUUUCAUCCAGACGUCUCAAAGUUCGUUUCUUCCUCUGACAGUGCUCAGUGCACCUAUUAUACAAAACCAGUAAGUGUAGAGCCAGGGUUUCAAACACAGGAAAUACCAGUAGUAAGAAUGGCCAGCUUACUUAAGAAUAUUGGAACUGAAUUACAUGAAGAAAGGAUGGAUCUCGGUGCUACUGGCCUUCAGUCUAACUCCAUGUCUACAAAAGAUGAACAAAAGACAAUUCAUAUGCUGCAGGACACAAUAUGUGAAGUAAAAGAGUUCUUGAAUGGUGAUGUUUUCUCCCAGAAUGCUCAUUCUUGCCAAAAUACAGUAGACUUCAGUGAAAGUAUCAGCGAAGCGCCUUCUGCUUCCUUAGUCCCAGAAUUUGUUGACUCUGUUUGUGAUGUCUACAAAGAACAUACUUUCAGUGAAAGCCCUAGCAUGGGACAUGAAACUAAGGCAGAUGCUGAAACAAUAUGCAGGGAUACAGAGAUGAGUGUAAAUGCUUCCAUGUGCUGUGGACCAUGUUCUGGAGACUGUGUUCAGGAGUCUCUUGAUUGUAAAAACUGCAAGUUUGAUGUGGAGAAUUUGAGAGGUAAUCACACAGCUACAAAAGAUGCUGUAAAAGAUAUCUGUGACUCAUUCACAAGCUUAAACAACAGUGAUGACACCUGGGCCUGCUCUAGCAAAAUUUCAGCACUUGAGACACACAUCCCACCCAGAAACCAGGAAAUGGAACCACGUCCUAUCUCACCAAAUAGUAAGUGUAUGCCACGCUACAUCCAGAUCCCAGAUUCCCAUGGUAUCCCCAAGACUUAUGCUAACUUUACUAUAACAAAAGAGUUCAAAGAUACCAAAAGAAGGUUGCAUAACCUGAAGAGGCAUCGGAGUGCAAACUGCAACCUCCUCAGCUCCUGGACUAGCACCUGGCAUGUGACAGAUGACCUUACUCAGAAUACAUUAGACCUAGAGUACUUGCGUUUUGAUCAUAAGCUAAAACAAAUAAUAAAGAAUGAAGAUUCUCAGCAAUCUUCCCCUUCCAACAACAUCUUACCUAAGGAAUCACUCAUCCAAAUCUUGAUUGGAACAUCCCCCUCCACACAAACAUCUGAGGCCUCAGGUCUACAUCUUCCACCCAAGAGCAGAAGCCCCAUUCUGGUGACAGUUGUCCACUCAGACACCAGACAGCAGAGUCAUCAUAGAAGAAGCUACUCACCCAGCAGUCUAGACGACUCUUCCUCUUUUUGGAAGGAAAAAUGUAGUCAAAGUACAAAUCUUAAAAAUUCUGAAGGAAUUCAGACUGUUCCAUUCCACCUCAAUAAACUGAAAUACAACAGUACUUUAAAAGAAUCUAGAAAUGAUAUUUCACUUAUUCUAAAUGAAUAUGCUGAAUUUAAUAAGAUAAUGAUGAAUAGCAACCAAACUGUUUCCCAAGAUAAAGAGUUAAAUGUAGCUUCUGCAGAAGCUGUGUCCCAGGAGACAUACCAGCCAAAACAGUCGACAUCCUACAAAGAUGUGAUCACAGACUUGUGUGCCACUCUGCAUGUCAAACUAAAAGGAGUUGUGAGAGAGGCUUGUAAGAGCCCUUUCUGGUUCUACCUCGUUGAAACAGAAGAUAAGUCAUUCUUUUUAAGGACAAAGAGCAUUCUAAAGAAAGGAGGUCAUACAGAAAUUGAACUGCUGGAUUUCUGUCAAGCUUUUCACAGAGAAAAUGAGACACUAUUAGUUAUCAUUAAAAAUGAAGACAUGAUUUCACAUUUGCAUCAAAUUCCUUCUUUACUGAAGCUAAAGCAUUUUCCCAGUGUCAUCUUUGCUGGAGUGGACAGUCCUGAAGACAUUCUGAAUGACACCUACCAAGAACUGUUUCGAUCAGGCGGCUUUGUGGUAUCAGAUGAUGUCAUACUAGAAAGUUUAACAUUAGUUCAACUGAAGGAAAUUCUCAAAAUUCUAGAAAAAUUAAAUGAAAAUGGCAGAUGGAAGUGGCUGCUUCACUACAGAGAAAAUAAAAAGCUCAAGGAAGAUGUCAGGGUAGAUUCAAUUGCACGUAAAAAGAAUUUAAUUCUAAAGUCCUAUCAGAGUGUAAGUAUCAUCGAUUUACUUCAUUAUCACAACUGUGAUUCUCCGUCAUCAACAAAAGCUGAAAUUUUGAAAUGCUUGUUAAACCUGCAAAUUCAACAUAUCAGUGCCAGGUUUGCUGUCUUCCUAACAGACAAGCCCACAAUCUCCACAGAAAUCUUUGAAAAUAAUGGAAUCCUUGUUACAGAUGUAAACUACUUCACUGAAAAUAUACAAAAGAUAGCAGCUCCAUUUAGGAGUAGCUAUUGGUGAUUUUGGAGUUGAGACUAGACAUGGAGUGUGCCAACAAGAAAUUCGUGUUUUCCUGUGUCUAAAAAACUCCAAAUACAUUCAGGCAACUCUCAUUUAAAUAAUCAAUGUUUUGUUUCUCAUACUUUGCUGUAAUGUCUGAUUUCAUCAUGGAUAGUUAGCUUUGGGUUAUAAUGUUGAAUAUUGUAAAUUAUUUUCAACCUAAACAUAAUGCAUUCAAGACUAUUAACUGAGCUAAAUAUUAAAACUUGAGACCCUCACGUUUAUGUGGCUAAAGCUAAGUCUAUUUUGACAAACAGCUGUUUUUGCGUGUAGUCAGAGGCUUAUGAACAUGUGCAUGUUUCAGAGGUUUUACCACAUUGUAGAAAAUAUAAAUCUGUAAUGGUUGUUUGCUGUUACAUAAGAAACACUACAUAGACAAAUUUUUUUCAUAAAUGACAAAUUUUUACACUUUUACACUUGGGUUUUUUAAUGCUGCACUACAAAAAAUCAAUUGAGGAAGAAAUCCUUUAUUUAUGAUAUUUCUUAAAUCUUUAAAAUACAAACAAGAAAAAAACCAUUUGUAUACUAUUUGAAACAAAGGCUUUAUACCUAGUUUGGGGUUUUUAUUUUGUUGUUUUGUGUUUUUUUUUUUUUUUUUAAAUAAAGACACUGAAAAUACAAUCAUUUGUAGUCUGUGUACAAUGUCUUAGCAAGGUUUAGGCCAUCACCAGAAUACUUCUAAGGAAGAAUCCUACUAGACCUUAUUGCCCUUUAGUAACUAACUCUUGGUCUUUGGUUCCUAAAGGUAUACAUGGUGCAGAAAGGAAAGCAUUAACUUGCUCUCAGCAGAGUUGAGGUCACAAGGAAGGAAAACACCAGGGUAAUGCCAAUCUUAGUGAUCUUUACUUUCUGACCUCUACCUAUUUGAGCAUGUUAACCUCCACGUCUUAUGACUACUAUCCCUUCCCUGCUGUGGGGGACUACACUCAAACCAUGAAACACAGGUUGCUUCUUGUACAGUAUUUGGUGAUAGAAGGGUGGGGGGAGCACAACUACUAAGAUCACCGAUGAGCAUGGUAGCUAAUGAAAUGCAACUAAUAAACUGAAGCCAGGAAAUGGUGCCCAUCCAAAAUCUUUGUGCACAGCAAUUGUUCUGUAGUCUUCAUACGCAGGACAUAGACACACACCAAAAGUGGUUUCCAGAAUUUGGCUUUAUUUUGCAGUACAGAAAUCAUUUGGAGCCACUUUGGAACAGACGUCAUUGAAAAUGAGGCUCUGUCAAAUCAAUACUGCAUUGCAGCUUGGUCCAUUGAAGAAGCCAUACCUGGGAUAAAAGGUGCUUCUAUAUUUUUACCUGCUUUACCUUAAGGUUCCUUUCCCUUUCUCAGCAAUUGUAGGUUGAAAUACCACAUACUGGCUUCCUCCGAUUCCCUAAGUCUGAAGUUUGGUUAAAAGUUUAUACCCACAUAAACAAAACAUGUGGCUCUCCUAUUUGUGCCCUGCUGUAAUACUUGACAUAACAAAAUAGAGAAAACUUUGAACGUUUUCAGAAACCAAAGGAUUUUCAAUUUAGACUCCCAAUAUCAGGAUGGCACAAAUUGUAUGGAUCCAGCUCUUGGGCAACGUCACACAAUCGCAAAGGCUACACUGAUUAAAAGAUACAAGUACUGUAUCGAGUUCUCUGUUUCGAUAUUUUGUUUAGCAGCUCCUUCACUAGAA